AAUGUCAAAUUUUGAGGAGUGAAGAAAACAGGCUGGCUUAGGCGAAGAAGAUGACGGGCCUACACUGUUUCAUGACGAGCACGUUCGAUAAUAAGCCCCCACACACUCAAAAAGAAAUUAAAAAAUAAAAAUAAAAAAAACCAAACCAACUGAAAUCAUUACAAAGCAAACAAAAAAGAAACUAAAACUCUGUGAUUCACAAUCACAAUGUCUCUUUACCGACACAAAGCUUUCAAACAAAUCCUUUCGUUCUUCUUCUCCUUCUUCUUCUUCUUCUUCUCUUUCUCAUACUGAUUUCUUGUUUUGAAGCCAAACCCAUCUCCAGAAAUGGGGAAAACCGGUGCCAAGUUGCCAAGUUUCUGCCUGAACCGGAUCCGGCCUCACGUUCGAGUCCCUAUUCAAUCCAAACCGGACUCUCUUUCUGUAAAAACCGGACCGAACAACAAGGCUGAUGAUUCUGUAGAUGACAACAAUGAUCAUGUUGGAGGAGCUAAACCAGUGUUGGGAAUUGAAAGGAAGAUCAUGAUUGUAGUUGAUUCCACCAUUGAAGCUGAAGGAGCUCUUCAUUGGGCUCUCUCUCACACUGUUCAAAAUCAAGACAACAUUCUUCUUCUCCAUGUUAUUAAACCUUCAACAAAAGGGGAAGGACCUAGUAAGGAGACAGCCCCAAGAGCUUAUGAAUUGGUUCAUUCCAUGAAAACUUUAUGUCAAUUAAAGAGACCUGAGGUGGAAACAGAAGUUGCGGUGGUCGAAGGAGGGAAGGAAAAAGGGGCAGUGAUAGUGGAAGAAGCGAGAAAGCGAGGGGUAUCGUUGCUGGUUUUGGGGCAGAAGAAACGGUCGACGACAUGGCGGCUUCUGAUGGUGUGGGCAGGCCACCGGUGGGGCGGCGGAGGUGGCGGUGGGGGUGGCGGUGUGGUGGAGUAUUGCAUACAGAAUGCGAGUUGUAUGGCGAUUGCGGUGAGAAGGAAGAGCAAGAAAUUGGGUGGUUAUUUGAUCACUACAAAGCGUCAAAAGGAUUUCUGGCUUUUGGCUUGAUUUUUACAAAACCAAAUUUUGGUUUUGAAUAUAUCAAGGCUGUGGGUUUUGUCCAAAAUCUCCCUGUUUUCAGAGAUGAGAUGUAAAUAAUAUAAUUGAGAAACGGAGAGAAUUGUGAAUUGUGAUUAAUUUUUUUUUUAAUUUAAUUUUUUAUGGGAAAACGGUGAUGGAUAGUCCUCGAAAGUGUUUGCUGAUUUGGGAAUCCAAUGGCUUGAGGAAACUCGGCUGUCCGAGAGUUUGGGUCUAAUUUCUAAUUUCUUAAUGGAUUAAUUUGGCUUGGUUUUGGUUUUGA